UCUAACACAUAAAAAGUUACUUAAGUACGUAAAGUUACUUAAGUACGUACAUACGUAACACCAAAAUAUGAUUACUAUAAUGAACAACAAGAGAAUGAGGGUGCUCCAAACACUCACCAUUUCAAUCUCUCUCCUCAUGAUCCUCCUCCUCUCGCCCUCGGUCCGAGGGCAAGAGGACUCAGGAUGCGUGGCGGCGGCUGCCGGAGGAUGUUAUGAUAAGGAAAAAUCCAUGAAGCUGAAAAUUAUAGCCAUAUUUACCAUACUAGUAGCUAGUGUGAUAGGAAUAGGGUUACCCUUAUUUUCAACCGCUUUUCCUGCCCUACACCCAGACCGUAACGCAGCCGUUGUAGUAAAAAUCUUAGCUGCAGGGGUAAUUUUGUCCACAGGAUUCAUGCACGUACUCCCUGAUUCUUGGAAUGAUUUAACCUCUGAAUGUUUGCCUGAAAACCCUUGGAGGGUUUUUCCUUUUUCCACAUUUAUAGCUAUGGUUACCACGGUAUUAACGAUGAUGAUGGACACUAUCGCCACCGCGUACUUUAGGAAAAGAGGACUAAAGAGAAUGCACCACCAUUCCGGUGGUGGUCACGACACCGGUGGUAGUGUUGGUGGUGGUGCUAUACGUGAUCAUAUGCAAAGUCCUAGAGAAAGUGAGAUGGAAAUUGUAGAGCAAAACUAUAAUAGUAAUAAGGAGCUAGAUGUGGAAUCUGAGGAGAAGCAGUCUCAACUCUUGAGGUAUCGUAUUGUGGCUCAGGUAUUAGAGCUGGGAAUAGUUGUGCACUCAGUAGUGAUAGGAUUGUCAAUGGGUGUAUCAAACAAUCCAUGCACUAUAAGACCACUUGUAGCUGCUAUGUGCUUUCAUCAGCUCUUUGAGGGCAUGGGUCUUGGUGGUUGCAUCUUACAGGCAGAAUAUGGAUGGAAGAUUAAAGCAAUAAUGGUAGCCUUCUUUUCAACAACUACACCAUUUGGGAUAGCUCUUGGAAUUGGGUUAACAAAUGUGUAUGAUGAGACUAGCCCAGCUGCCCUAAUUGUGGUAGGAGUGCUAAAUGCUACUUCAUCUGGGUUACUUAUUUACAUGGCUUUGGUGGAUCUACUAGCAUGUGAUUUUAUGGGACCUAAGCUUCAAGGAAAUAUCAAGCUUCAAUUGGUUUGCUAUUUUGCUGCCUUCUCAGGCAUGGGAAUCAUGUCCCUCAUGGCUAAAUGGGCAUAAGCUAUGAAAUGCAAAAAAAAAAAUUAUUUGGAAAGAGUGAGGAACGAGGUUUUUUUUAUUUAUUUAUAGUGCAAGGAAAAUAAAUUUUGUAUUCUUGAGAACAUAUGAGGUGAUGUUCUUAUUUUGAGUCUUAUGUUGAUUAAUGAAUUGAAGUUGUCAUUUUCUAGUUCAAGUCAAAAUC